GUGUCCGCUACCUGGCGAUUUCGCGGAGGAAGAGACAUUUUUCUUAAAAUACAUUUAAGGAGCCAUGUCGAAUUCAGAAUGCUUUCACGUAAACACUCCGCUCCUGGAAAGUCUGGACAUGUCGAAAAGGAUUGGUACCCCUGUCUACUUGAAGAUGGAUAAUGCCCAACCUUCCGGCUCCUUCAAAAUUCGGGGGAUAGGACACCUGUGUCAGAAGGUUGCAGGUCCUGGAUCAAAAGGUGUAAUCUGUUCAUCAGGUGGCAAUGCUGGCAUGGCGACAGCGUAUGUUGCCAGAAAACUCAAUAUCCCUGCAACCAUCAUCGUGCCUUCCUCCACACCCGAGCUGGUGAUUCACAAGCUGAAGAGCCAGGGAGCUACAGUGAGGGUGGUGGGCAAGGUGUGGGAUGAUGCUAAUACUGAGGCCCUUACCGUUGCCCAGAAUCAGGGCCUUACCUUUGUCCCACCAUUUGACCAUCCUCUACUCUGGCAGGGACAUGCCAGCAUCAUAAGGGAGAUUAAGGCCUGUCUGCUGACCAAGCCUGGGGCUGUGGUUGUAGCAGUGGGGGGAGGAGGGCUGCUCUGUGGGGUGGUGGAGGGCCUGAGGGAGGUGGGCUGGGGUGACGUGCCCAUUAUCGCCGUGGAGACCAGAGGUGCGGACUGUCUGAAUGAAGCGAUUAAAGCCGGGAAGCUCGUCACACUUCCAGACAUCACUAGUGAGGCCAAAACUUUGGGGUCAAAAACGGUGUGCAGCCAGGCCUUCGAGUACAGUAAGGAAGGCCAUAUCAUUUCAGAGGUGGUGACAGACAGCGAAGCUCUGCAGGCUAUCGAACUCUUUCUGGAUGAGGAGCGGGUGCUGGUGGAGCUAGCGUGUGGCGCUGCACUAGCCGCCGUGUACACCGGCGUGAUUCAGCGACUCCAGGAGGAGGGGCUCCUGCCCCGCCCGCUCGGCCCCCUGGUGGUGGUCGUGUGCGGUGGCAGUGGCAUCAGCAUGCCCCAGCUGCAGCACCUGAAAAGCAAGCUCCAGAGAUGACCGGGAGUCUGUCACUCACACCACUGCCAGUGAGUCCAACUCAAGCUGAAGUUCAGUUAGUUUAUUUUAUUUAUCAUUUGCACUGAGAUUAGAUACACAGUAUAAUGAAAGGCUUACUGUUAAUGAACUCU